AUGCAAGAAGGCCAAUUGCAUCUCGAGAUAGGGAGUCAAUCCCUCGAUGUCAACAAUGAUCUCCCUGGGCCUUAUCAGAUCCCCGAAGAUCAUCCGCUGCUCGGGCCCGGGUCCAUCGAGGCUGAACCCACACCGGUCGAGUUUCGGCGUGGGCUUGCCAUUAUCUUGUGCACGAUCUCUGUGUUGUUCAUGAACUGUGCACUCAAUAAUUUGGUCACGCUCAACAUUCCGCUGUUGUCAUUGGAGUUUGAAUUGAGCCCUGGCGUUGAAUUAUGGCCAAUGACAAUGUACUAUCUUGCACAAGGCUGCACAUUCCUCCUGGCGGGGUCUUUAGCAGACGUCCUAGGCAGUAGAAAGAUUUUCCUGGCGGGGUGCUUCCUACAGAUCGUCUGUCAUCUGGGCAGUGGGCUUGCUCAAACAGGAGCGCAGCUUCUUGUCCUUAGAACACUGUCCGGCGUGGCGUACCCUAUGUGUUUUAUCUCUGCAAUGAGCAUUCACAGGAAUCAUAUUCCCACUGGAAACUUGAGCAAGCUAGCAUCCUCCUGUACGAGCGGAAGUCAUUACAUCGGCUCUCUGAUUGGCAUAACCCUCAGCGGAGUACUCUCAGAAACGAUCGGCUGGAGAUGGGGUUUUCUUGGUGCUGCUCUCAUGAGCCUAUUCGCUUUCUUUCUAUCAAUCUGGAUUAUUCCCCAACAAUCCGAGGAAACUAAACGCGUCACAUGGACAGAAAUGGCCGAAGACAUCGAUUGGGCGGGAACACUGCUCGCCAGCUCACUAAUGGCCCUCCUCUUCUCAGCAUUGGCCGUCAUCACAAACAACGUCGCAUAUAUCGGCCGAUCAGGCCUUUUCAUCCCCCUCUCCCUCGGCUGGAUAAUCCUAGUCGCCUUCCUCUUCUGGCAAGACUGCUGGGAACGCGACAGCACACAGGGUAUCCAGAAUUCCCUCUGGACAAACAACCACUUCAUCUCCAUCUGUCUCGUUAUAUUCUUCAUCUACGCAUCCUCUCACUCAACAUCCCAACUCACAGUCCUCGUCUUCCAGCGAGCACAGAGUCUCUCAGUCCUCCAAUCCUCAUGGCGAUACCUACCGAUACCGAUCAUAGGAGCAUUGAGCAGUUUCCUCACGCCUCGUCUCCUGUAUCGUGUACCAGCCAACGAUAUCCUCGCCACCGCAGUUCUCCUUUCCGCUCUUUCUCCGUUCUUGAUGGCUAUCAUAGAUGCGAACUCGCCGUAUCUCAAAUCGGCAGUAUUCGCCGUCUCAUUGAAUCCAAUCGCAUCAAAUGCCAUCAUCCCACUUGCCAGCAUGAUGGUCGCCAACACAUUCCCGUUGGAGACACAGGGUCUUGCAAUGGGAGUCCUCUGCACUGUGGCUAUGAUUGGUGCUUCAGUUGGGCUGGCUUUGACUGCGCUGGUUUCAAAUGAUAUGGCUACACAUCUGCAACAUAGUCCUGCGGGACAUAGUGCACCGGAGAUAUGGAUAAGUGGGUAUCGAAGUGCAUUCUGGUUCUUGUUCUCUCUGAGCUUGGUGGCGUUGCUUGUUACUCUUAGUUGCUUGCGGAAAUUGGGGUAUUUGGGGCGUGGGUUGGAGAUACAGCAUUUAUAG